GGGAUUGCAUACUCUUAACUUGUCCAGGAACAAGAUCAGUGCCAUUGAAGGACUCAAAGAAUUAGCACGACUUCGGAUACUCAAUCUGAGUUACAAUCGUAUAUCUCACAUUGGACAUGGUACUGUUUGAAAAACGUAUCGAAAGGUCUAAAACUUAUCAAUUUCUGAUGAUUCUGAAUGUGCAAUUUGUUGAAAUGUACACCAGGGUUGUCAAACUGUGCGAUUAUGAAGGAACUCUAUCUUGCUGGCAACAAGAUUAGUGAUGUUGAUGGACUGCAUCGACUCUUGAAGCUCACGGUUCUCGACCUAAGCUUCAACAAGAUUUCAACAAACAAAUCUCUGGCCCAACUUGUUGCCAACUACAACUCUCUUCAAGCUCUUAAUCUGUUGGGGAAUCCAAUUCAAAGUAAUGUGAGCGACGACCAGCUACGCAAGGCAGUUGUUGGCCUUCUUCCAAGUCUUGUUUAUCUAAACAAGCAGCCCAUCAAAGCACAGAGAGCUCGAGAAGUCGCAACUGACAGCGUUGCCAAAGCUGCACUAGGGAACGGUAGUUGGUGUUCUCAUAGAAGAACAUCAAGGAAAACGAGCCAUAUAGCACCAUCGUCAUCUUCCAUCAGUGGGCACAGGAGUAGUGCAAGUGUUGCACACAAAGGCAGGCACAGAUCAAAAGCGCCAACCUUACGCCAUUCUUCUCUGGGGAUGGAUUCAUCAGCCCUUCCAUCAUCAUCAUCUCGUUAGGAUGUGUUUUCUGUUCUGUUUUGUUUCCCAAUUUCUUCAGCUUUAUCACAUUUGCUGCCCUGUUUUUCCCGUCCAUAGAACUGCGUUAGUCAUGUGGUUAAAAUGUUCUCUUUAACCUUAGUGAAUUGAGAUUGCAUUUCUUAAUGUCAUAAUCUAUGACUUUCCCAUUUGGUUUUGCA